GAUCCGGGGUGAUCAACAACACUUUGUACGCAGAGAUGAAUUGAAGGUUGCAUGGGAGAUAUUUACCCCAUUGUUGAAUGACAUUGAUAAUGGAGAAAUAAAAUCAUGCACUUACAAGCGAGGUAGUCGAGGCCCUGAAGAGGCUGAUAAGCUUCUCGCUCGAGUAGGAUAUGAACAGACUCAUGGAUAUGUUUGGAUUCCACCUUCACUACAAGUUGACUAAUGUAGAGGCUGAUAAGCUUCUGGCUCGAGUAGGAUAUAUACAGACUCCUGGAUAUGUUUGGAUUCCACCUUCACUACAAGUUGACUAAUGAAUUUAUGUGAGCUCAUGAGCAUAUUGAGUCACUUUUCAUUCCAUACUCCCUUAAAUCGUUUUUUCAUCUCUUAGAUAAGAGUUUAAUGUACCCAAUGUAUUUUUCUUUAGCUCACUAUUUCUAUACUACAACAAUGCGAGUACAUGCAUAUGCUUCUUUGCAAGAGGUUUCAUAUCUUCACUCAA